AUGGGAAACAGUGGCAGGGAAGAAAUGGUGGAAAUUGAGAGGGAGGAUUUGGAGGAACUGAAAGAUCAACCCGAGGAUUCUAAGAGAAUUCCUCCAUGGACAAAACAGAUAACAAUAAGAGGGAUAGUAGCAAGUUUACUUAUUGGAAUAAUUUAUAGUGUCAUAGUAAUGAAGCUCUGUCUUACAACCGGGCUCAUCCCAAACCUGAAUGUCUCGGCUGCUCUUCUUGCCUUUGUGUUUAUUCGAACAUGGACGAAGCUGCUGGAAAAGGCAAAUUUUGUAACAACCCCAUUCACUAGACAAGAGAAUACAAUUAUUCAGACUUGUGCUGUUGCAUGUUAUAGCAUUGCAGUGGGAGGUGGCUUCGGGUCUUAUCUUCUGGGAUUGAACAAGAAAACAUAUGAGCAGGCAGGACUUGAUAUGGAGGGGAAUUCCCCUGGGAGUUACAAAGAACCUGGCCUUGAUUGGAUGAUUGGGUUUCUUUUUGUUGCUAGCUUUAUAGGGCUGUUGGCUUUGGUUCCUCUCAGAAAGAUCAUGAUUAUAGAUUACAGAUUACCUUAUCCAAGUGGAACUGCCACUGCUGUCCUCAUCAAUGGAUUCCACACUCUUAAAGGAGACCAAAUGGCCAAGAUGCAAGUUCACGGAUUUAUGAAAAUUUUCUCAACUAGUUUCCUUUGGAGUUUCUUUCAAUGGUUCUUUUCUGGUGGAGGGCAAUGUGGAUUCAACAACUUCCCCACCUUUGGAUUGAAAGCUUGGAACCAAUCAUUUUACUUUGAUUUCAGCAUGACUUACAUUGGAGCCGGAAUGAUUUGCUCCCAUCUUGUGAAUUUAUCCUUGCUUCUUGGGGCUGUGCUCUCGUGGGGGGUUAUGUGGCCACUAAUAAGUGAACGCAAGGGAGUUUGGUUUCCUGAAACUAUACCAGAAAGCAGUAUGAAGAGUCUAAAUGGUUACAAGGUUUUCAUUUCUAUCGCUCUAAUCCUCGGUGAUGGUCUAUACAAUUUUCUCAAGACAAUGUUUUGUACCAUUAGAAGCAUGUAUACUGCGUUCAACAAAAGGAAUCUUAAAGCAGAUAACAAGAGUCAACAACUCGAUGACCUCCAAAGAAAUGAACUGUUCAUAAGAGAGAGCAUUCCCUUGUGGGUAGCAUGUGUUGGAUACAUGUUAUUCUCCAUUAUUUCCAUCAUCGUAAUUCCAAUAAUGUUUCCUCAGCUGAAGUGGUAUUAUGUUCUGGCUGCGUAUGUUCUGGCACCAUCUCUGAGUUUUUGUAAUGCUUACAGUGCUGGCCUCACGGACAUGAACAUGGCAUAUAACUAUGGGAAAGUGGCUCUCUUUGUGCUUGCUGCUUUGGUCGGAAAAGAUAAUGGUGUAGUUGCAGGACUCAUCGGAUGUGGUUUGAUAAAAUCCAUUGUUUCCAUAUCGUCUGAUUUGAUGCAUGAUUUUAAGACGGGCUAUCUUACGCUCACUUCACCUCGAUCAAUGGUUCUUAGCCAAGGGAUUGGGACUGCCAUUGGCUGCGUUGUUGCUCCUCUCACGUUCUUCCUGUUUUACAGGGCUUUUGACGUGGGGAACCCAGAUGGAGAGUACAAAGCUCCUUACGCCCUCAUAUACAGAAACAUGGCAAUUCUCGGUGUGGAAGGCUUCUCCGCUCUGCCUCAGCAUUGCUUGCAGCUAUGCUAUGGGUUUUUCGCAUUUGCCAUAUUGGCUAAUUUGUUGAGAGACUGGGCGCCGGGGAAAGUUGGAAAAUGGGUUCCUCUCCCAAUGGCUAUGGCCGUGCCUCCCCUCGUUGGAGCUAACUUUGCAAUUGAUAUGUGUGUCGGCAGCUUGAUUGUCUACAUUUGGCACAAGGUAAACAGCGCGAAGGCUAGUUCAAUGAUUCCCGCGGUUGCAUCUGGUUUGAUAUGUGGAGACGGACUGUGGAUUCUUCCUUCCUCUAUUCUUGCUUUAGCCAAGAUUAAUCCUCCCAUCUGCAUGGGUUUUUUGCCUACCUUCAACUUCCUAAGAACUUGA